AAUACUAUGGCGCCCUAAUUUCUUCAGGCACCUCUCACCUCGACUGUUCUUGCAUAUAGCGCAGGAUCAACGGGGACGACGGGGCAGUUUACUCCCUGGUGCCAAGGGCACCCCUUGAAAUAAAUGGACGUUGUAUCCUACUUCAAAUAUUUGUCUUAGAAAUCUGAUCUGGCCGAAAAUGCGCUGGCGGGAGAUAGGUCUGCUUGUGGCGCUCUUGGCGCUGGCGCAUUUCGCACCAGGAGUGCAGGGCAACAGCAAGAUGCAGCAUGGAGCAAAAUUAAUGUUGAUGGAGGAGCUGCGCAAGGCAAACAUAGGCAGGGAUGUUUGGGCACACAUCCCCAAGAAUAAACGUAGCGUGUGGGAGGCCCAUGACGGGCGCACCAUCAACGAGACUUUGGCGAGCUUCACAGACAUUCCCGUGGACAUCGUGGUACAUAUCAAGCUAAUCGGCUUCGAUGGCGACGGCAUCAACCACGUCAAGGUGGAUGAGGCGGCCCUGACGCGCUACCUGCGCGGCCUGCACCUGGACCUGCAGACGGCGGUGCUGGAGCCGGAGCUAAAGCACCUGUCGCUGCGGCCGCGUGUGCACUUCAGGGUGUCCAAGGCGCCGGUCAGCCUCACGCACCGGGUGGCGGGAGUGCUCACCUCGUUCAUCUUUGGGGCCAUGCAGGGCAAGCGGCCGGCCACGGUGUACGUGCCUCACCGGGUGGUGGACGACGUGCUGGCGGCGGAGGAGGCCGGCCUGCAGCCCGGCAGCACACACGCAUACCACGCCGCGCCCAGCUCCGAGGGCGGCGGCUCCGACCCCGCCCACCUGCCGGCGCUGCUGACGCUGUACGUGCUCAACCUGGAGCCGCCCGCCUCCGCCGACUACCUGUACACCUACAAGGAGGAGGACGCCGUGGUGGCGGCCGGCAACUGGUCGGAGUUCCGCAGCUGCCCCGGCGCGCUGUUUGCCAGUGAGGCCCGCGCGGGCGGCGGCGGCAGCCUGGCCUGGGUGGACCUGGCGGCGGCGCCGCACUCCUACGGGCCGCUGCGGGGCGGGCAGGGGCAGGUGUUCCCGCACAGCCUGCCGCACGCCACCGCCUUCCUGCCCGCCGCCGCCUCCACCGCCAUCCUGCCCGACCUGGCGGCGCUGGCUGCGGGUGCGGUGAGCCACCUGGCCUGGCCGGCGCUGCAGCACGGCGACCUGGCACUGCCCAACAAGGACGGCGGGGACGACCUGGAGGUGCAGAUCAUCCACAUCCACGACACGCUGGCCGUGCCGCCCCGCUCCGUGGACCUGGAGGUGCUCCGGCAGCAGCUGGCGGGCGCGCUGGCCGGCAGCCUCAUGGCGGUGCAGGUGAAGGAGCACUUCCUGGCCUUCGCCAUGUGCGACCUGUGCGUCAACGCAUACACCAACGCGCUGCGUGUGCGCACCCAGCGGCAGGAGGGCAGCAACGUGGUGGCCAGUGCCGGCCAGAUCCUGGACCGACUCGUGCUGCACACCACACUGGCAGAGUACUCGGAGAUCAUCCUGGCCUACGCGGGCGUGCACCAGACGCACAACGUGCUGCCGGUGUUCGUGUUCGACCUCAGCCUGAGGGACGAGCCGCUGCUGCUGGACGGGGCGCUGCAGGCCGCGGCCUUCCCCGGCAUGGUCAUCGCGGUGGCCUCCCGCGCCGCGCCCGUGCGCACCCGCUUCAGCUGCGGCCACAUGCCGCGCUCGCUGCAGCCCGAGGACGCCACACGCGCCGUGCUGGGGGCCGUGCUGCAGAGCGCCUUCGGUGCGCCGCACACGGCCCAGCGCUACAGCCCCGCCUCCGGCCCCGGCUGGAACUACCUGUGGGCGCUGGGCGCCACGCCCCACGGCCCGCUGUCCAGCCUGACGACCCUGUCGGUGGCCAGCGGGGCGGCGGUGGGGCGCAACCUGGCGCUGGCGGAGCUGGAGCGGCACGUGGGGCGGGUGGCGGCGGUGCUGCACGGCCUGAACAAGCUGUCUCCGCCGCACAAGUCCAGCCUCAAGUGGGCCAUCGAGCGCACCGACCUGCGCAACCGCGUCACGGCGCGCCUCAACGUGGCGGCCGUAAAGCUGGAGAUGGCGGUGUCGGCGCUGUCGGCGGGGCGCAACGCGGAGGCGCUGCGGCUGGCGCGGCACCUGUCCACCGACGCCUCUGCCCUGGAGCGCGCGGCGCUGCAGCUGGACGCGCAGCUGACGCAGGAGCUGGCCUGCCGCGGCGGCACCGACUGGACGGUGCUGCUGUGGCCGCCGGCGGGCAGCCUGGUGGCGGUGGUGGCGGCGCUGUGGUGGCGCAGCCGCGGGGCGCGGCUGAAGGCGGAGGCGCGGUAUGAUAAGAUCUAUUGAGGGGGCUGAGGGAGGGUGGGGUUGGAGGGAGGAGUAGGGGCUGAGAGGGGGUGAGAGGGGAAGGAAAGCGUGAGUGGGAGCGGAUGAGGAGGAUGGAGGAGGGUGUGCCAUUGACGUGCCGAGAGGUGGCCUGGGCGGUGGCGGCCUGGGCGGUGGUGGCAUGGAUUGGCGCUGUGAAGUGGUUUAGUGGGAAAGGCAGUGGGAAUGUGGAGGGGUUGGGCGCCGGGUGGCCAAGCGGCCGACCGGCCAAGACGGGGCGGUGGCCCGCAGGUGUGUUGGGUCCAAGUGUGCGCAAUCCGUUUUGAAGGUGGCCGUGUUGCGGAUCUGUCCACGAGGAUCUUAUGAUGGGACGAGCCUGGGAUGGCGUCGAGGGUAGGGCUUGGCGUUUGUAGCGCACUGAGGCUAAGGCACCUGGUGCCUCGUCCAUCGUGCAAGGGUCUUACGGUAUGCCAGUAGGAGCAAUACCGUACGGCUUGUGUGUGCUACAACUCCUUGUGUGCCUGCAACCGGGAACGUUAACGAACUUGCUGCCAUCGGGAGCCUUGUACCGCUGCCCCCUGCGCCUAACACUGCACCGCACCCGUCGUCCACUAGCCUACUCGGCCAUUCAAGUCGACUCGCUUAGCCUAUCGGGGAUGCAUGUCCAGGACUCCUGCCGUUCGGCGUAAGCAUUGGCGUUCGUUGGAGCCCGUGUGUACAUAUCCAGUUGGGGAGUGGAGGGGAAGGGCGAGGGGGGAGUUUUGCUGUCACCUCACUGCAGCUGGACAGAAAAGCGCAGUGACCAGGGAAGCUAGGCAGCGGGCACCCAAGGGCAUCGACGGCGGGGUCUGGCCGAGCGAAGGACUGACACUGCGGCACGUAGUGUGGUCUCUAUUGCCUCUCGUGUCUCAUCAAUAAGAGUCGCAGACAAUGAAGAUGACAGAAAGGCGAACUUAAGAGU